AUGCCUGAGCUGUCCAGGGGUAUGGCGAUGCACGACAAAACAAACGGCAUCAGAAACGGCGCUGAACAGGCCCAAGCUCCAGCAGCUUCGCGGCUGUUCGAUUGGUGGGCUGCCUUGGCCCUCGAGAGAAGAAGCGGAGCCGCAGACGUCAUCGUGGCCAGGAAGGGGCUUGGCGGUCUCUCAACCCCCAGCUCCCACCCGAGCGCCCGCUUCCGUUCAUGGCCGGCAACUGGGCAGAAGCAAUCAAGCUGGGCCUUGCCAGGUUCUGAGUCUCUCCGACCCACGAUAAAUAUCAUCAUCACGAGCCACGACCGUUUUCUUUUUCUACUCGUUUGUCACUUGACACUGCAACUCACCACUUCUCUUUGUACUGUAUUACUGCUGCAACACCCAUUUCUCCCAUCCAUCACAACUUCACAAACAGCCAACACAAUGUCGUACGCUGAAGUCGCAUCCAAAGGCCCCAAGCAGACUCCUGAGGAGGCUGCUGCCCCUCAACCACCCCAAGUCGUAGUCGAUGACUCCACCUCCACCUCUUCCCUUAUCGACGUUGACACCCCCUCUGUCCGCACCGUCCCCUCCGAUUUCGCCGAGCAAGAAGUCAAGACCGACACGCAGGCUGCCCGGAUCGAGCGGGAGGAGGCUGAGAAGAAGGCCCGAGCCAAGGCCGAAGCCCUUCGCGCCGAAGCUGACCUCGCUAAGAAGAAGGCCAAGAGCAAGGCAAAGAAGGCGGACACCUGGUUGACGAAGCGGUUCGAGAAUAUGGGCGAUGGUCCCGCGGGCGCGUUGGCUGUGGCGAAUCUGAUUGCCGUUAUUGGGUUGAGCGGGUGGUUGGGCUUCAAGGCUUGGAACUCGUAUGAGCGCGGUAGACUGAGCUGGAAGGAUGUCGGUCUCGGGCUGGGUCUGAUCGGUGCUGUUGGGGCUGUCGAGGGUGCCUUCACCAACUAUCUCUACAAGGCUAAGGGGAAGGGCAAGGAGCAAUAAGCGACUACGUGGAGGGCGGUGGUUCGAUGAGGCGAUAUUGAGGCGGAUGUCGGUAAUUGGGCAUCAAAAGUGGGAAAAAUGGUUCAAAGGCGGGGUCGAACAUUCAGCUCCCGUCCAUACCACACUGAAUAACUUUCCAGGCGGUUUUCAUUUGGCUUUUUUUUUAAUGUCACGGGCAUGGGUUACGACAGGACAUGGCAUGUGGAUUCUGUAUCUCCUCUCAGCUGUUCUUUUCUUGUCUCUGGUCAGGCUUUCACGGUGUCAAUUGAAUGCUUUCUCAUC